UUACUAUUAUUUUAUCGAUAUGUAAUUUUUAUGUAUCAAUAUCAGCUUACCUGGAUCAAUAUACAUAUGAUCAAGUGGUUUUAAAUGAACGCAUACCUGAAUACCCGAUUCAUCCGCUAAUACUGACCCGAACUUCACCGCGCAAUAUGACUGGCCAACCGAUCAGCGAUGCGGAGUUAGGUUCGGUGUUUGAAGCGGCCAAAUGGGCGCCGUCGGCCUACAAUGUCCAGCCGUGGCGUUUUGUUUAUGCUAAACGCAAUUCAAGCCGAUUUGAUGAGUUUCUUAGACUACAAGAUCAACGUAAUAAUCAAUGGGCGGGAAAAUCUAGUGCACUGGUCAUUGUAUUUGCGGCCAACUAUUACCAGUACAAGGGUCGGAUACAGGCCCAGAUACUCAAUGCGUUUGAAACAGGUAUGGCAUGUAUGGCAAUGUUGUUGGAAGCAUCCGGUAGGGGGCUGGUAGCUCAUCCGAUACACAAUUACAAUCAGACAAAAACCAGAGAGUUGUUGAAUGUUACCGAAAAAUCUCAUCAACUGUUGACGUUUGUGGCCAUUGGCCGACGGGCCGAUCCAGUGAACCGACCGUACGAACCGAUUAGCAAACGACAUCAGGUAAAGGAGUUUGUCUUUAGGGAUACGUUUGUCAAUACGGACCCUACCGGUGCUGAUGACUGCUAAUUA